UUCCGUGGCAUAAAUAUGUAAAUAUAGUAUGGUCGAAAAGAAGCGGAAGCUCGCACAGUUUCUCGAAACAUUACAGCCAAAUGCGAUUGAGAUAAAGUCGUAACAUUUUUUCUUGCUCGACGUAGCAACGUGGAUUCACAAACUCCCGAGCCGAAUGACGUAAACAAUCUCCCCCGGGAUCUUUCACGGCGUAUUUCGACCGGUUUGACAGGAAUGUCAAUGUUCAGUCGCCAAGUGUUGAGAGAAGGAGCGUGAAGGGGUUCGCGCGCGCGAGAGAGAGAAAGAGACACAGAGGACUAGAUGUUAUGUUUAUAUUGCAUUAUUCGCGAGAUCAGGCGAACACACGCGUUCGCUGAACGCGCGGACUGAAAAAAGAAGGUAAUCGAGGGUGGGCAGGAAGAUGGAAUGCGCCGAACGGAAGUAUUUAUGCACAAUUCACUAAUACGCGUUGGCUAUGCCACGGCAAUCGUACGCUACCGCGUGCUUGCACCCUGACAUUACAUUCGUCGAAGAUGUCAAAGUUGUAGGCGGCAACCCUACCAUGGACACGGACGUUGAGCUCGGCAAGGCCGAGAGCUGCGAGACGAUCCCGGGCUGCUCCGGUUACUCCAGCAUGGUGCACAGUAAGAAGGUCAUCAAGCAUGCUCUACGCCAGCAGGCCAAACGACGUAGGAAGAACACGACGAUAGCCGCGGGAAACUCCCGGGCUCUACCCAGAAUCGUCGUCAAACCCUUACCUCCGCCACCGCCUUCGAACGAUCCACCGUCACCGGUUAAUAAUGUACAGCACAUCAAUACUGCAACGGAAGAACCUGCUGCCACAAUGAGAGAAGUUCUGGCUAGUUUACCCGGAUUCAGCUUGAAGUCAAGCCGCAGACGAUCUACAAAGAGAUUGUCAGCGACUGCACAACUGGAAGCAGGCCUGGUGGAUCUAGAAUCUCCAGCGAGCAUCUUAGCUAGUACGAGCUUACGUGCUCUGUUAAAUAGGCAUACAUUUCAAGGCUUACCUCCGCUGUAUCAACGGAAGCUUGCGCAACUCUUGCCUGCUGUAGAUAGACAGGACGCUGCGAUCUCCGGGCUGAACAAUGAAUUCUUCGCAAGAGCUUGCUUGGAAUGGCGGAAACGUUUGGCGGAGGGAGAAUUCACUCCAGAGAAUCAGCAGCGCCUGAAGAUGGAAGCUGAACGGGACAAAAACAAGCUGGAUCCUUGGAAGGUGAAACUUGAGCCGAUAUGGGGCGAGAAACGGGAGCCUAAGCUUAAAUCGAGCCUGCACUACAUCACCGAGUCGCGUUCCAGCGGCGCAGUGACGCGUUCGAGUUUGAGACUUCGUUUGGAGUCCAACGUAGACAUCCCCGCGUCGGAGCACGUCUAUCCGGUCAUGAUGAUGGAGGAGAAGGUCGACGCCGGUUGCAAGACCGAAAUCGGCAUAAAGACUCCUGACAAUCUGACUAAUUCCGAGGAGGUACAGGAGAAUCUAAUCACCCUGGAUUACAACGCAUUGGACAAUUUGACGGACGAAAAGCACCUGGACGAUUCCAUGCAAGCAAAUCCUUCGGAGAUAACGGAGGAGAUUCAGAUACGCGACAGCAAGACGGAAGAAGAAACGACCGCGAAGAAGAUCGAGGAUAUCUGCGAAAAGCAGGAUCUAAUUGAAACCGAUGACAUCACCAGGCAGCUCUGCCAAGACACGGAGGACAUCGCGAACGUCUACGAGGAAGAGGCGGACAAUUUGCAACCCGCGGAGAAGAGUGUGAUCGAAACGCUGGAAGAGGAGGCUGUGCUGCUGCCGGAUGGCAAUUCGUCGUCGUCGCCUGGAUCCAACGAGCAAGUGGAGCACGCGUCCGGGGAAUCGAUCUCGCAGUUGUCCAACGAGUACAUUUCGCAGACAUCCAUAGAUCAGAUAGAGCAGAUCUCGAAGGAGCAGAUCUCGCAGAUAUCCAAUGAGCAGAUCUACCAGAUAUCGGAUUGCGAGACCGCCGCGAGUAUACUCGAGAGCUCGUCGCCCAAGGAUAAUCAAGUUAGACCCGCGGAUAUCGUUAUGGAGGACGCUGGUCUGAUGAGCGACAAUCAAGCGGAAGCGGCGCACGAGAAUCCGGCGGACAGCGAGUCGCAAAUUCCGGAAGGAAUGGAAAUUGAUAGCGAGACCUUGCAGCGUAUUCACGAACUCGAGGUACGAGGCGAAAUGCGUGAAAUGUACGAAGAGAUUUCUGGAUGUCCCGAAGAGAUAAUCUAUCCUAUUCUUGAGGGAAUGGAAAUGGCUUCGACUAACGCGGAAGUGACUGAACCACAAGUAUCUGGACAAACUGAAGAUACUAGGGAAACGGAGGAUGUAAAUGCCGGUAAUGAGGACGAGGCUCUUCGAGAAGCGAACAAUUACGUCUGUUCCGAGAUGCUAGAGUGUAGUUGGACGGUGGAUCCAACCGUUAAUAAUAUCAAUAAUAAUAAUAACAGAACGCAAGAGGAACUGCAGGUACCCUGGCCCCUGGUGGCGGCUGCUCUGGAUGGCUCCGUAGCAGCCAACAUCACAGUAACGACGCAGGACGAAUGUAGCGAGACAUCUACGACGACCGACUCCACAAGCGCCUCGCAACAGUUCAUCAACACGGACAACGUGGAAUCCGUCAACUGCAUUCAAUUGCCGGUCGUUCAGGGCACGGCCUUUCAAUCGGACAGCCUGGCCAUCAGCGCACCAGAGAGCAGUUGUGUCAUGAAGAGCCUGCAAUCUCAGUCCCCACCCAUCAUCACGUUUCCGCAGUUGCAGUCCAUCAGAUUUGUGCAGACCAGCUUUAAUCCGGAGCAGGACGCGACGUCUCUGCUCGCGAGCAACUCGCCUGCGAUCUCGACGCAGCUGCAGCCUCAGCAGAGCACCACCGCGCAGAUAAACAUGAUACGUACCCAAGAUACCAUCACUCAGAUAAAUACUCAGAACAGUAGCGCGUGCAAUAAUGUAAAUCAGAACCAUGCUAUCGCGACGCAGGGUCAAGUACAAAACACUCUGUCGACCACGGGAAUACAGGCUCAGAAUCGUCCGCAAAACGCAAUUGUCAUUCAGCAUCAGCCUGCUGCUACGACUCAGCCUCGACAAAUUGCGGCUGCUGUGCAUCAGCAACAGCAGCAACAACCGCAGCAACAGCAAUAUGCUGGAUCAUCGGUAACGAUCUCCUCGCGACCGUCGCGCGUGUCUAAUCAGGGUAGUCAGAGAGGCUCCAGAAACAAUAAGGAACAAGGAGGAAGUAGAUCGAGAAGCUCUACAAAGGAGCCUCCUGGUGCUGUCAACUUGGAGCGCAGUUAUCAGAUAUGUCAAGCGGUCAUACAAAGUUCGCCGAAUAGAGAUCAGUUGAAGGCUCACUUGAAACCGCCGCCUAGUUUGCUUGCGAGAGGAGACGGUGCGUUUACCACGAGUAAAUCCGGUGGACGCACGUUGACGACUGUCAAGCCUCAGAAAACGCAACAGGCGAUGCAGCAUAAUAAACAGACUCAAAAUAAAACGCAAGCAGUUAUGCUGAGACACGUGUUUGCUACAGCGCGUCAGGCCACAUCUACGGAGGUUGCAGAAAGCACCCCUAUAGCGCAGCUCGGUUCCACCAGCAGCAACAAUUUCGGGCAAUACAUACUUGUACAAAGGACAGGGGUUGGGGAUGGUGCGCCGCGGGCGUCGUCCGCGCCCCCACUGCCACCGCAGAUCGCGGGGAUGGGCGUGGGGGUACACCUAGUGCGCGGAAGACCAGCCAGCGCCGGAGAGGGCUCCCAUCAGGCCGUCACUCUGAAGGCGAGGGGUGCACAGGACAGCAGGGACGGGGGCGCGGAACCCGGCGCCCCCGGCAUGAUAAUCGGGGGCGAUCCGCCGCCCCCGUGCGAAUGUAAUAUGCGCGGAGCCAUGGUAAUUUGUCGGCAGUGUGGUGCCUUCUGCCACGAUGAUUGCAUCGGGCCUCAACGUAUCUGUGCUACCUGCCUCAUACGUUAAGCGUUUCUUUCUAUUCAUACACACAACCCUCCCUAACCCCUCGUUCGUGUAUUAUAUAUUUAAUAAAACCCCCGUUAUGAGAUAAGAGUGCUGAUCGUCUCUAUAAUGAUAUAUCGGUGACCCAAGUAGCAAAUGACGUCAUGUUGACAUCACUUUGACGUCUAAUGACGUCAUUUGACGUAUGAUGACAUCAUCUGACGUGUGAUGACAUCAUUUGACGUCAAAAUGAUGUACGCUUGCUAUUUGGGGAAUUGAAGAGAAACACCAAACACACAAAUAUACACGCGUACACAUACACACAUCGUACAUGACAAAUUUAUUAUUAGACACGACGUAAUAUAUAAUAUAUCCGAGGGAUCUCGAUGAUGUAUUUUAGAAGAUGUAAACAAAAAGUUAUGCUCCACAUAACUGUGUGAUGGAAAAAAUUUCGGGGUAAUAAUAAUAACUUCUGUAGCAAUCUACUAUAGAUAAUAGUAUAUUGCAAUGCGGUAUUCUAGGAUUUUUUUGCAUUUCGAUUAGAGACAAAAGUUAACAUAUCGAUGUGUAGUUUCGGAAGAGUAUCAUUUUUUUAGAGGAUAAUAUUGUGACAUUUUUUUAAUAUUAAUUUUUUUCUUAAUAAACACAAUGUUGCUUCCGAAGUUUUAAUCAUUCGUUGUACAAUACGUUAAUAUACGUGAGCCACAUGAUCUACUAAAUUAAUCUCUACUGAAAUUAAUUGCCAAAGUAAUUCUUCGAGUACAAUUAAGACUAAGAAGUAAAUAAAAAAUAAAGGAUAAUAUUUCAUUCAUAUUACAAAUUUGUCUAUAAUGAUGUUCUCGUAUAUUUUUUCUGAUGUGAAUUAGAUUUUCUAUUAUACUACAAUAAUUUAGAACGAAUUUUGCUUGAUAAAAACGCAUGAAUAUUUAUACUGUUUUAGAAGAGGAAAAAUUAUCUACAUUUUUUUCUUAAAUUCUACCGCGUUAGGGGGAUUAUUGUGGUCUGUCGGAAUAGUAAUGAGAUUGAAUGUAAAUACUACGCUAACUGUAAAGUAUAGCACUAUCCAAAUAGCAAGCAUACGUCAUUUUGACGUCUAAUGAUGUCAUUUUGACGUCAAAAUGACGUCAGUUUGUUAUUUGGGAAACAUACAUCAUUUUGACGUAGAUG